AAAAAAGUUAUCCAAUUAUUUGCAAAAUAAAAUAGUGCGAAGCUUCCUUUCCCACGGCGUUGACGACCUUGUCGUCUUCGUCCUCUGUGAACUCCUGGACGAUCUAUAAAUACCCUCUCAGUACUUUGAAUCUUCACACGUCUUCUUUAAAUCCUCUUAUUUUUCCAAUUUACUAGAUCCAAAGCAGAUACACUCGGCACAUUCAAAUCAGCAUCUACUUCACAGACAUGGCAAAGCAAAAGAUUGUGGUGAAGGUGACAAUGAACAACGAAAAGAAAAUCCGUAAGGCUCUGAAAAUUGCCGUUAGUCUCUCUGGUGUUGAAUCAGCAUCUUUCGUUGGAUCAGAUAAAACCCAAAUCGCUGUGACUGGGGAACAUGUCGACUCAGUUGAACUGGCGACCUUGCUAAGGAAAGGUGUCGGAUACACCGAGCUAGUGAGUGUUGGUCCGGUGGAGGAGAAGAAACCAGCCGCCGCAAAGGAAACAAAUCCCACGGUAGCGCCACUAAAUUUUACGGUUAAUCCAUACCAAUACUACUACGGCAGCUAUGGGAUACCCUACUAUGCAUAUGCAUAUGAGAUUUAGAUGUUAUUUAGGGCAUGUUCGGCGAAAUUAGCUGGUAGCUUGUAGCGGGUGGCGGGUAGUUUGUAGUUUGUAGCGUUUUGUUAAACGCUACAUGAAGUAGCAUUUGCAUUUGGAACGUUUUGUUUGAACUAAACGCUAGAAGUUGUAGUGCCAAACAAGACUUUAUGUUCAAAAUGGAACGUUUUGUCAAACGCUAGAAGCUAGAAGCUUUCAAACGCUCCCAAAAGCUCCGUGCCGAACACACCCUUAGUGAAAAAGAGUGAAAGAAAUUAGUUUUAUAUUGCUGCAUAACUAGCUUCAUUUAACCUUUUUUUUUUUGGGAGUUUUGCAUUGCAUGAAAUAAGAGACCCUUGAUGUACAUAUUAUCUUUGUAAUAUAUGGGAAAAUUUUACUAUACUUUAUAUACAUUAGUUUAC